GUGCUACUGCUCCAGGCUUCUGAAAACCACAGUCUGAGCCAGCAUCAUGGCUGGUCUGAAGAUUUGGUCUGUUUUCCUGAUUAUACAGUACCAUUUCUGUCAAAGAUGUAUCCCAUGUGGAAUUUCAACACAUAUUGAAAUAGCACAUAGAGCUCUGGAAUUUUUCAUUAAGAACGAAGGGAGUGUUAAUUAUAGACAGUUAUUACUAAACCACCAAGACGCAUUUCAAGCUGGGAGCAUUUAUCCUGAUGCUUUUUAUUCACCAGUCUGCAAAGGGGGAAUAUUCCAUGAUGUGUCUGAAGACACUCACUGGUCACCAUUUCUCAAAGCAAGUAUUCAGUAUAUCAGAAGGAAUUAUCCUCAGCCUUGGGAAGAGGCUACAGAGAAACUGGUGGCUUUCCUGUUUGGAAUUGCCUCACAUAUGGUGGCAGAUGUUAGCUGGCAUAGCCUGGGCAUCGACCAAGGAUUUCUAAAGGCCAUGGGAGAAAUUGAUUUUCAUGGUUCAUACUCAGAAGCUCACAGUGCUGGCGAUUUUGGAGGAGAUGUAGUGAGUCAGUUUGAGCUGGACUUCAGUUAUCUGGCAUCAAAUUGGUAUGUACCUGUCAAAGACCUAGCAGCUAUCUAUAAGGACUUUUAUGGAAAAGAGAUCAUAACUGAAAGCACAAUUACUGACUGUGCUUUCCUGCUGUAUCUUGAACUGCAUGGAGAAAGGCUUGCUGUUGCCAAGCUUUUUCCAAGAUAUGCUAGUAAAUCUCCAUUUCUGGUGGAGAAGUUCCAUGAAUAUUUCCUUGGAGGAGUGGAUGACAUGGCAUUCUGGACAAACAAUAUUUUUGAGAUGACCAGCCACAUGAUAGAGAACGGAACCAGUGGCUGCUACCUGCCUGAGAACCCUCUGUUUAUAAAUUGCACAGAGGAGCACAGGGACAACCACAUCAGAAACAAACAAUCAAAACAUGAACGUCACAAGAAUACAACUUCUUUGCUUACAGAAUCAAUUGAGAAGAAUAUAAACUAUACAGAGAGAGGAGUUCACUUCAACAUGCAGUCUUGGGCAACAAAUUCCCUCCGCUUGAUAAACCGUGCUUUUACAACCAAUAUCUGGAGAGCAUUAGCAGCUACACAUCAGAAAUCUUCUAAGCACAUCUCCAAGCCAGCAGCUUCGUAUUUUCUGACCUCACCCUAUGCUAGACUUGGAUGGGCAAUGAUCUCAGCUGACCUAAACCAGGAUGGAUAUGAAGAUUUGGUGGUUGGAGCACCAGGGUACAGCACCAUGGGCCAUGUUCAGAUAGGACGGGUGUAUGUGGUCUACUGUAACCAGUCAGGUUUGCCACGAGAGGACAUGGAUUUGGAUGGGAAAGCUGACCAAGUGCUACAGGGUCAUCAGCCUUCAGGAAGAUUUGGUUCUGCCUUGGCAGUCCUGGACUUUAAUGUGGAUGGAGUGCCAGAUCUGGCAAUUGGAGCACCUUCUGUGGGAUCCCAGUUUCUUACUUACAAAGGUGCUGUGUAUGUCUACUUCGGCACUGAGGGAAGAGGCUUGGCAUCUCAGCCAAACGUUACCAUAACUUGUCAGGAUUCCUACUGUAAUCUUGGUUGGUCCCUCCUGGCAGCUGAUGUUGAUGCGGAUGGAAAUGCUGAUCUGGUUGUGGGCUCUCCAUAUGCACCUGGUGGUGGGCAGCAGAGAGGAUUUGUGGUUGCAUUUUACUCUUAUUUCAACAGGAGUGGCCAAGAAUUUCUGUCAGUACAGGAUGCAAACUGGAUGGUGCAGGGGGAAGAAAACUAUGCUUGGUUUGGAUUUUCACUUGACAGCUGCCAGCUGGAGAACAUAACAUUACUACUGAUUGGUAGCCCUACAUGGAAGAGUUGUGCUAGCUGCAAUCCCUUCUCAUCGGAUGCCAGGCAGAGUGUUGGGAAGGUGUACGGGUACAACCCACCGAGCACAGAGCGCUGCUUUGCGGUAACUGGAGACAAGGAGAUGAGCAGAAUGGGUUUGUCUCUGGCCAGUGGUGUGAUGUCUGUGGCUGGGAACACAAGGAGAGUUUUGGUGGUGGGUGCACCUACUGCAGACAGCCUGCAAAGGAUUUCAUUUAUGUCCUCAGUGCUGCAUCAAGCUGGACUGGCUCUGGUAUAUGACCUGACAGACAGCACCAGGCCUUCUUUGCUCAGCACAUUCAGUGGGGACAGGAGGUUUUCUCGUUUCGGGGGAGACAUAUACUUAAGUGAUCUGGAUAACGAUGGACUAGAUGAAAUGAUUGUGACAUCCCCACUGAGAGCUAAUGGCAUCUCCUCGAUACUGUUUGGUGGGGCAGCCGGCCGUGUUUAUAUUUACAACGGAAAGCAGGCAUCCUCAGGGAAUGUGACAGGUCACUGCAAAUCAUGAAUAUCUCCCUGUCCUGAGGACUGGGCACAGUAUGUCCUUAUUUCUCCUGAGGAACUAUCAAGAUUUGGGAGUUCUGUUAUCUCUGUGAAAUCUGAAAGCAAGAAAGAAGUUGUAGUGGCAGCAGAGAGAAGUUCUGCGAAAGCUCGACUUGGUGGAAGGCUUUUUGUCUACUCACUCUGAAAGGUCACGGUAGCCUUUAAGAUCAGGGCACAGCUGGUCUUUUAGUGAAGAAUCUCUGUAGUAUCUGUGAUACUUUCCUGAAGCCACACAAACUGGCAAACCCCUUGUCAGCAAGCUUUUAAUGAAUUCUGUUGUGGGCAGUGACAUCACUUUAACCUAGACCAAGCCAGCUGGUCUGAAAACCUUUUGGAGGCUGAAAUGAGCAGGCAGCUAGAUUUUUGGUAGUAGUAUUAGUUGUGUAAGAAACAUUCAGUGGCCACCUUUACUGGUCAGAUUUGAGUAUUUUCUUGGCAAAACCAGUAAACAGCAGCAUAUAAUUUACAAUUCCUUGUAUACUGUGAUAAAGACAGGUAUUCUGAGUUAUGGAAUGUUACCAUCAAAAUAACAAGAAUGGAGGAGGGGCAGCUUUAACCCUAACAGAAAAGUGGAUGCCAAUGAACAGGACCAUCUCUGUCCCUAGCAAGUCUUGUUCUCUGCAUCAAGGGUGUAGAGCAGGUGGGAAGAAAAGAACAAGCAAGUUUUAAAAAAUAUUUUUGCUUUUGCAAUUGUGGCUGACUACUCUGAUACGCUUUGUGUUUUCAUGUAAAAUUCCAUUACCAUGGUAACUUAGAAUUGUUAACUGCUUUUAUUGUUAACAGUAUUGUCUUCAACUAUUAACAAUAAUUUUGUAUGAUGCAGGUUUAACAAUAGCAUGCAUUAUCUAUUAAACAACUUGAGCAGCAAAA